AUGCGUGUGAGUUUCUGCCAGGGGCUUCUCACGGCAGCCAUUGUGCUGAACCUGCUUAUCUUGUACUAUGUGUCCCGGGCACAGCAGCAAAUGAUGGAGAAACGUCGGGAGCAGGGGAGGGGCUUUAAGAAAACGUCUCUACCCGUGUCUGGAUUAGGCACGGCGGGAGGGCUGGUCGUAGGCGAAGGAGCAGGAGGAGCCAUGAAAGUGGGUGGCGUUGAAGGGAACGGGCGUGGCCCCCGCGUGACGGUGUUGCUGCGUGAGUUUGAGGACUUUGAAAACUAUGUCGGCGAUGUAGCGCGCUCAUUCUUCCGUCAGAGACCCGAGCUGCCCUUCCUAGCAGUUGCAGACACCAUGCCAUACCCUCCGCUAUCCCUACCCGAAGGAGCUCGUCUCCUGCUGUUAUCUCCCAGCCCGGAUCAGCCCCCUCAAGCCCACCGACCUGAGUUCCACGUGCAGACGGAGUUCGUGCUGUUGGUGCCUGAUGGAGUGGAGCUAGAGCAUGGCAGACAGGUGGAAAGGCUUAUCCGAGAGCUGGAAGGGGAAGGUGGAGGUCCGGUACGGUCGGUGGCGGCACCAGUGCUAACCCGAGCCUCCGUCCAAUGCCUCCACCUGCGGGUGAGCCUGCGUGAAUGGACAGCCACCUACACCCCUGCGGCCUCUGGGAGCAGCGGGAGCGUAUGCACAGCCCUACAGGGGGACGCUGUGGUCCUGAUACGAACCGAGGACCUGUUUAAUCUGUCCACUCCGCUAGGGCGCCCUCUAAUGGCUUCGCUUUUUGUCCAGACCUCGCUACGCGGUUGGAAGGUGAAGCUUCUGGAAGGUCCGGUUUUCUCUGCGAGUCACCGGCCUCUCUUCAGCUCGGCGCACAACCAGUGGAAAGCCGACAGUCGACUGCGAGACGCCACCAAAAGCUUGAUGCAAAGCUUCGGCCUGAAACACCUCGUAUUAGCCGACGGUAGGGAGCAGUGGUUCGGCUGUGGCAAGGAGACGGCGCGAUGUUUCGGAACAGUGCGCGACGACACGCCGGAGUACCUCUACCUCGAUCGCUGGACCCCACCUUGCUGCCUCCGUGCCCUCCGCGAGACUACCAAAUAUGUCAUCAACAUUCUGGAGAGCUCGGGCGUUCGCUAUUGGCUGGAAGGCGGCACGUUGCUCGGGGCAGCAAGGCAUCAGGACAUCAUUCCCUGGGAUUAUGACGUAGAUUUAGGGAUUUACCUGGAAGAUGUGCCAAACUGUGACUACCUGAAAAACCUGGACUCCGGCUCAUUGGUGGACGCUAACGGCUACGUGUGGGAACGCGCCGUGGAGGGCGAUUUUUACCGCGUGCAGUACAGCGAGGCGAAUCAUCUACACGUGGACCUCUGGCCUUUUUACCCUCGUAACGGAGUCAUGACCAAGGAUACGUGGACAGAGCACAAACAGGAUGUAGAGUUCCCCGAGCACUUUUUACAGCCUCUAGUGCCAAUGCCAUUUGCCGGGAUCACAGCCUAUGGCCCCAAUAAUCACCGAGCCUUUCUGGAGCUCAAGUUUGGGGAGGGUGUGAUCGAGAACCCUCAGUACCCUAAUCCAGCCAAAAGGAGACUGGACAGAAGUCGACUGUAA